AUCAUGUUAUCAGGUUUUCUCUGAGUUUUCUUGUUAUUUAAUCCUCAGGAACACAACUCGGAGGAUCCUCAUGGGCCAAGUUGUUGGAGGACUCUGGGACACAGUUCAAGAGAUUUAUCUUAUGUCUUCAGGCAAGGGGUAUGUGAAAAGAACAUGUGACAAAGUGUUCAAUGAGCUUGUAGAUAGAGGGCAGCUUCCAUUAUCUAAAUUACAUCUUGCUACCUUGAUGGUUUACAGUGCUGUGAACAAGCAAUAUCUUUCUCCUUAUAAAGAACCUCCCACCAUUCAAAUGGUUGAGAAAAAAAUAAAGCAAAUUUCACUUACUCCAAUCAAAUCCCCCCAUGCUGAUGAGCCCUCAACAGAAACAAAGGCAUCAUUGGUGGCCAGUGAACCGCACUCGACCGUUGUGGCAAUGCUCAAUGAACCAUUAACGGCUGCUACUGAUGUGUCCUCAACAAAAAUAGAGCCAUCAAUAUCCAUCGAGCAAUUCUAUGAGAUAAUCUUAGAGUGGCUUAAGAAAGACUUGAGGAUUGUUCUUGCAAACAAGGUACUGCUUGCACUUUUGGGAGCCCCUGCAUUGUCCAUAAUGACAAAAAGUGCAGCAAAAAGAGUGCCCAGGAUCAACCAUGUUGUGGAGAAGGUGCCUACUCCUGUCCUCAUUCCUGCUUAUGCUGCUGGCAUUGUUCUUCUUCAAGAUGUCAGGUUGGGGUAGAAGAUACAAAUUAAGAGCAAGAUAUUCAUGUUAAUUAUUGAAGUGCUAACUUUGGGUCAAAUACUCACUCUACCUCUAUAUGAUGACUAUCAUGACGUUGUGUGUGUGAAUUCUGGUUCAACUUGAACUUAAUCAGCAGUAAUAAUAAAAAAUCUCCUUGUAAUUAAACUAUCUGAACAAAUAAAGUCAAAGGGUGUUUAAGAUA